CUUCACAACAACGAUAUUAGUCUGCAAGCAGUGCUAUAAUUUUCUAAUCAAAGUCGAAAGUGCAGUGCCAGUGAGUGAAAUAACAAUAACCAAGAGAAGCAAUGUCGCUUGCUAAGGACCUAUUGCACCCUACUUUGGAGGCUGAGAGGCAAAGACACAAGAAGAAGAGGUUGGUUCAGAGUCCCAACUCCUACUUCAUGGAUGUAAAAUGCCCUGGCUGCUACAGGAUCACCACAGUGUUCAGUCAUGCCCAGAAAGUGGUGCCCUGUGGCGGCUGCUCCUUCAUCCUGUGCCAGCCCAGAGGGGGGAAAUGCCGCCUCACUGAGGGCUGCUCCUUCAGAAGAAAGCAACACUGAGUGAGAUUUCAGUAGUGAGCUAUCAACUGUGAUCAAUCGUGAAAUGUGGACCAUGGAUGAUUCAGAAAAUAUUAAAUUAUAUUGAAUGGAAUGGGGAUAUUCAGCUGAGCUUAUUGAGUGUUUUGUCCUUAUUAUGAUGUAAACAGAUUACAAUAUUGUUCAACUACAAUAUGUAUUCUUUUCAUAUUGAAUAGCAAUAAUGUAAUAUAUGUUGAAGUGGUUUGUCUCUGAAUGUUUGACAUUUCUAUUUUUCUUACUAAAUAUUACAAUAAAUCAUCUCUUGAGCCAGGUCGUUGUGUACAAAUUUAUUAAACUGAAAGCGGGAAAAGUGAAUGAAACAUUUAAACACAGACUCAUUAAAAUAUGAGGCUUUUUUCAAGGCUGAAGGAUGAGAAGCCAUGAUUGAUCACCUUCACAGACAACAAUAAAACAUUUUGACAGUU